GGAGCGGCGGCGGCUCUAGCUGAGGCGGCCGUGGCAGCGGAAGGUUCUUUCUCCAGGGCUGGACUUAAUAACUUUGGAACUGUCCUCCAGUGUCACGUCCUGAACAUGAGCCUCCUCCUCUCCUUCUACCUGCUCGGGUUGCUUGUCAGUAGCGGGCAAGCUCUUCUUCAAGUGACAAUUUCACUUAGCAAAGUAGAGCUUAGUGUGGGCGAAUCUAAAUUCUUCACAUGCACAGCAAUUGGUGAACCUGAGAGUAUAGAUUGGUAUAAUCCUCAAGGAGAGAAGAUAAUUUCAACACAGAGGAUAGCAGUGCAAAAGGAAGGUGUUAGAUCACGAUUAACCAUCUACAAUGCAAAUAUAGAGGAUGCAGGUAUAUAUCGUUGUCAAGCAACAGAUGCCAAAGGACAGACACAAGAAGCUACAGUUGUUUUGGAAAUUUACCAAAAACUCACUUUCAAAGAAGUGGUAUCACCUCAAGAAUUCAAACAAGGAGAGGAUGCGGAAGUGGUUUGCCGAGUUAGCAGCUCACCUGCCCCUGUUGUCAGCUGGUUGUAUCAUAAUGAGGAAGUCACCGCUAUUUCCGACAAUCGCUUUGCUAUGCUAGCCAACAAUAAUCUGCAGAUUCUCAACAUCAAUAAAAGUGAUGAAGGUAUAUACAGGUGUGAAGGAAGAGUGGAGGCUAGGGGAGAAAUUGACUUCCGUGAUAUCAUCGUUAUUGUUAAUGUGCCGCCAGUGAUCACAAUGCCUCAGAAAUCCUUUAAUGCCACAGCAGAGAGAGGAGAAGAGAUGACGUUAUCCUGCAGGGCCUCUGGCUCUCCAGAGCCCUCCAUCUCCUGGUACAGGAAUGGCAAGUUCAUUGAAGAAAAUGAGAAGUACAUAUUGAAAGGACGCAAUACAGAACUCACUGUCAGGAACAUAAUUAAUAGUGAUGGGGGUCCUUAUAUCUGCAGGGCCACAAAUAAAGCAGGAGAAGAUGAAAAGCAGGCAUUUCUCCAGGUCUUUGUACAGCCUCACAUAAUACAGCUCAAAAAUGAGACUACGUAUGAGGAUGGUCAAGUCACACUUAUAUGUGAAGCAGAAGGGGAGCCUCUUCCAGAAAUCACUUGGAAAAGAGCACUAGAUGGCAUCACAUUUUCCAAAGGCGAUAAGAGCCCAGAUGGCCGUAUCGAAGUCAAAGGGCAUCACGGAAGCUCAUCACUGCAUAUUAAAGAUGUGAAGUUGUCAGAUUCAGGGAGAUAUGACUGUGAAGCUGCGAGUAGGAUUGGAGGGCACCAAAAGAGCAUGUACCUUGAUAUUGAAUAUGCUCCAAAGUUUAUAUCAAACCAAACAAUUUAUUAUUCUUGGGAAGGAAACCCGAUCAAUAUAAGCUGUGAUGUGAAAUCUAAUCCACCAGCAUCAGUCCAUUGGAGAAGAGAGAAAUUAGUCCUGCCAGCAAAAAACACCACUAAUUUAAAGACGUAUAGUGCAGGGAGAAAGAUGAUAUUAGAGAUAGCACCUACAUCUGACAAUGACUUUGGACGAUAUAAUUGCACAGCUACUAACCGUAUAGGAACAAGAUUUCAAGAAUAUAUUCUUGCUUUGGCUGAUGUGCCAUCCAGUCCCUAUGGAGUGAAGAUUAUAGAGCUGUCACAGACCACAGCCAAGGUUUCUUUCAACAAGCCGGACUCCCAUGGAGGUGUGCCUAUUCAUCACUAUCAAGUGGAUGUCAAAGAAGUGGCAUCAGAAACCUGGAAAAUAGUACGCUCCCAUGGAGUUCAAACAAUGGUUGUUUUGAGCAACCUGGAACCAAAUACAACUUAUGAAAUCAGGGUUGCAGCGGUAAAUGGAAAAGGGCAAGGAGACUACAGUAAAAUAGAAAUCUUCCAGACAUUACCAGUCCGUGAACCAAGUCCUCCAUCCAUACACGGGCAGCCAAGCAGUGGGAAGAGCUUUAAACUCAGUAUCACCAAGCAGGAUGAUGGAGGGGCCCCUAUUUUGGAAUACAUUGUUAAGUAUAGAAGUAAAGAUAAAGAAGAUCAGUGGCUAGAGAAAAAAGUGCAGGGAAAUAAAGACCACAUUAUUUUGGAGCAUCUACAGUGGACAAUGGGGUAUGAAGUUCAAAUUACAGCUGCCAAUAGAUUGGGAUAUUCAGAACCAACAGUCUAUGAGUUCAGCAUGCCACCAAAGCCGAACAUUAUUAAAGAUACGCUUUUUAAUGGUCUUGGGCUUGGAGCAGUCAUUGGCCUGGGUGUGGCGGCACUCUUGCUAAUCCUUGUGGUAACGGACGUCAGCUGCUUCUUUAUUAGACAAUGUGGGUUAUUGAUGUGCAUCACGAGGAGAAUGUGCGGGAAGAAGAGUGGCUCUAGCGGGAAAAGUAAAGAACUCGAAGAAGGAAAAGCUGCAUACCUGAAAGAUGGAUCGAAAGAACCAAUAGUGGAGAUGAGAACAGAGGAUGAAAGAAUCACUAAUCAUGAGGAUGGGAGCCCGGUAAAUGAGCCAAAUGAAACCACACCACUAACAGAACCUGAAAAAUUGCCUUUAAAAGAAGAAAAUGGAAAAGAAGUCUUAAAUCCAGAAACUAUAGAAAUUAAGGUUUCUAACGACAUCAUACAAUCAAAAGAAGACGAUAGCAAAGCAUAA